GAUGGCAGGGUGAGUAGGGCAGGGACGCAGCACAGCGGAGAAGCCAGCUCAAGGCAUAGCUGAGCAGAGCCAGGACAGCAGCUGGAAGUUUCUGAGCAGGCCAGGCAAAGACCCGUCCUGUGCCUGGCGCUGCAAAGCCACUUUACAAGUCCCGGUGGUUGGUGCACACUGGCCACAGCAUUCUGGGCCUGGCAAAGCUCAUCUCCAUGUCGAGAGGAGGGGAGAUGGUUUAUAUCCCGGACGACUCUGACUUCAGCUCAUUCAGGGACCAGUGUGAGAGCCUGGAGGGCUGGCAUAGCCAGUACAACAAGGGUGGGGUGAUGGUGUGGAGCCAGAUGCCAGGAGAGAGCCGGACAGUGCAGAAAAUCAAGCUGCGCAUCACCUGCAAGGAUGUGCCAGCCACGACACUCUAUGAUGUGCUGCACGACACCCAGUACCGCAAGAAAUGGGACUCCAACGUCAUCGAGACCUAUGACAUCGGGCGCCUGACGGCCAACGCCGAUGUGGGAUACUAUGCCUGGAAGUGCCCGAGUCCCCUGAAGAACAGGGACUUUGUCACCCUGCGCUCCUGGCUGCCCCUAGGCAAUGACUACAUGAUCAUCAACUACAGCGUCAAGCACCCGAAGUACCCACCACGGAAGGACUUCGUGAGGGCCGUGUCCCUGCAGACGGGCUACCUGGUCAAGGCCAAUGGCCCCCUAGCCUGCACCCUCUACUACCUCACCCAGGUGGACCCCCGAGGUUCGUUACCAAAGUGGGUGGUGAACAAAGUGUCCCAGUUUGUGGCGCCAAAGGCCAUGAAGAAGAUCUACAAGGCGGGGCUGAAGUACCAGGAGUGGAAGCAGAAGCACGAGCCUGGCUUUAAGCCCUGGGUGUACCCAGAGCAGAACACGCUGCCUAGCAUCAGCCUGGCCGAGCUGUCCCUGCAGCACGCCGAGUCCCUGGAGAACAUCGACGAGAGUGGCCUCGCUGAGGACAGGAUGCACAUCAGCGAUGACGAGGCCUGA